AAAGGCCGACACGCUAUCGACAGACAACAGCUGGGUCUUAUCUCACUUCCUGUCACAGCGGCCGUCAGUCAAACCUCAGCAGGAACCAUGCCAGUGUCUCAGUGUCUCAGUUUGUCCUCUCAGACUCAGACUUGGUCUUUGACGAACUGAAAGUCUUCUUCGGUAUGCAACUCUUCCUCGUCCUCUUCCUCCUGUCCCCCCAUGUUGCCAUGGUUACAGCGUGGGCCGACUGCACCAGGGACAGGGACAAGGACCACCGUACAAGAGAGGACUGCACAGCCCUAGGCUUCAGAGACGUCCCAGCGGGAUUCGAACCCACAACACAGGUUAUGUUGUUUCCGAAAAACCUGUUCUCCAGUCUGUCCUGGUACUCCUUCAAGAUCUUCACAGAGAUCUACGAAAUCGACCUUUCAGGCAACAAGAUUGCAGAGGUGACCCCCAGCGUUACUCCGAUCCUGCCCACCCUCAGUGUCCUCCGGCUGGGGUCAAAUCAACUGACGUCCCUCUCUGAUGGCUCCUUCUCUGCCUGUCCUGCUCUGACUGAACUCUACCUGGACAACAAUGCCUUGAACUCUCUGAGCGACCACACCUUCUCUGGACUCAGCAAGCUGGAGAUCCUGGACUUGUCAUCUAAUCAUAUUAGGGUGCUCCCUGGGCUCAUGCUCCACCCCCUCUCUGUCAUAGAAACCAUCUACCUGGAAAACAACAAGAUCAUGGUGAUGCCCGAUGAUUGGUUCAGCCCGAAAACGGAGGUGCCGUACCUCUUCCUCUCAGUCAAUCCCUGGGCCUGCUCCUGUGCCCUUGGUUAUUUGCGCAGAUAUCUUGAAGACUACGAAUUCAACGUCUAUGUCCGAGAUGGCAAAAUUAUCAUCAGCGACGGGGAGAGUGUGGUGUGUGACUCUCCACAGCGGCAUAAGAGUAAACCUUUACUGAGUCUGGAAGAGUCUGAUCUGUGUUCUACUGCGACAGAAUCAAAUCCAACCGGAGACAAUGACAUGCAAAUUACUCAUUACCGCACAGUUGCUGCUACUAUCCCAGAUACUACUCCUGCUCCUACCACUGUUCCUCCUGCUCCUACCACUGUUCCUCCUGCUCCUACCACUGUUCCUCCUGCUCCUACCACUGUUCCUCCUGUUCCUCCUGCUCCUACCACUGUUCCUCCCAUUCAUACCACUGUUCCUACUGCUACUACUUCUGCGACUGUUUUGCCACUGUUUGAUUGGACUACCUUCACCCCUGGUCCUACUGUCAGACCUCCAACCAAAAGUCCUGCUAACAAGACAUCAACAAAAUCCCGAUCUGUUCCUUCAAUUCCAUUAACAACACCAAAAAUCCGAGUACUCACAACAACUUCCGCCAACAUGGCAGCCAUCAUGUUGACCCCUGCCAGCGGUCGGAUCAGUGCCGUCAGAGGUGCAGGGGUGUUCUGUUUCUGGCUUUUCGUGGGGUGCCUGUUGCUGUGCGUGGUGUCGGCAGUGUGCGCAUUGGUUACUCUGGUGUGGUUGGUCCACUGGUACAGAAGGGUGUACAAGCCGCUGAGCAUGGCACUGGUGAAGAGGGGAGGAGGUGGUGAGGCUGUGAGAAUAUUGACAUAUAGCAGGGUGGAGGAGCAGGAGGUGGCAGGAGGAGGAGUGAUGGCGUGGUAUCGCUCUGUGCUGUUUGCCAACAGAGAGGAAGAAGAGGCUUUGAAGGGGGAUGAUGGAGGGAAGGAAGGUGAAGGAGGGACUGAAAGACUUCUUGUCACUUUGGAGCCGACAGGAGGAGGAGGAGGAGCAAUGGGAGAGGAGGAAGAAGACAAAAGUGGGACGGAGGAGAAGGGAGUGUUCAAGAAGACAAUGUACCGUCUUGUAAGCAAAGAGAAGGAGAUAGAGGGAUGGAGGGAUGUGAUGGAGGAGUGUCGGGUCUCUGCAGAAGGUGGAGGAGGAAGGAGGCGAGGAGAGGAGAGGAGUGGAGGAGAAGUUUCCAAAAAGUGCUACAGUGUAAUUCUGAGGGAGGAGAGGGAGGAGGCAGGGGGAGUUAAAGAGGAGCUGGACUGGGUGGUGGGGGGGUGGGAGGUGAAAACCGGAGGGGAGGAGCCCAGGAGCAGCUGGGGGGAGUGGCUGCAACACUACCAACCCAGCAUGCCCUGGGGUGUGACCACGCCUCCUGAGGGUGAGGCAGCUCAGUGAUGUCAUCAGUGUUUCGGAGCGGCAUCACAUACGUGAUCGGAUAAAUGUGAUGACCUCACUUCCUCUCUAUCCUCUGUAACUCGUUUCUUAUCCAGCGUUUCUUUCAUCAGAGUUUAUGUUUCCUAAUCUGAGACGUUUUCAGGGCGAAAGCAGCAUUAGGCAAGAAUCUGUGUUUUUAUGAAUUUGGCUCCCCUACAGUUUCAGAGUGGUACAACGCUCUUCAAACACGAAUAGUGCUGGCUGCAGAGGUGGGACCAAGUCUUUCACAUAACUAUCAUCCUCUUCAACCUACGUGUUCAUCAGAAUUUUAAUAACUCAUAUAAUAAAACAAAUGUGAAAUACA